ACAGUCCGGCCAGAGACGACCCCUCGAAGCCAACGAUGCGGUGGGGCAGCGCGAAUGGUUCGGGAGUCGGUACCAGUGCGAGGGGCGGCGCAGGACUAGCGUGGGCGUGGAGGGUGUCCGCGGUUCUGGCGCUCCUGCUGGCGUUGGUGGUGGUGGCGGACGCGACGCCCCUGGGGGACGGCCGCAGGGGAGGUCGCAAUGGCGCUUCGGGAGGAGGCCGGGACGCCGGCAGCAGCGUCCGCAUCGUCCCGAAGCACGAGUGGAAACGCCGCUUUCGAAAGUCCUCAGAAUGCCGUCUGGGAAGAAACAGAUUCGACCUCCACCAAGUCUGGAGUCCGAACCUGGGCCCCCCGUUCGGCGUGUGGAGCUGCGUCAAGUGCGAGUGUGUGCCGGUGAGUACAAAGCGGAUUUUGCAUUUUCCGUCAGAAGGUCGCCAUGACAACGAAAGGUCAGAGGGCCACGGUCAGCCACCAAGCAGGCUAUCAGAGUGCUGUCGCUAUCGCUGGAGACAUGUCACUGUGAGUGUGACAGCAACAAGCGUUACCGAGCACCAAGCCUGA